AUGACAACAUUUCGUUUAGCUACGCUUAAUGUUCAUUCUUUUGCUGAUCAUUUGGCAUAUAGAGAUAAUAUGAAUCGAUUAAUAAAUAUUUUAAAACCAUAUAAUUUUGAUUUGAUUGCUGUUCAAGAAACAUUAAAUGAUGAUAACUGGUCAAAAUUCUGUAAUCUUCUUGGUUUAAAUCAUUUUAUAUAUGGUCCAUGUGAAGAACAUAUAUUUGGUAAUGGUAUUGCAUCUCGUUAUCCAAUAAAAACUUAUUCAAAUCAACGAACAAGUUAUUCUUAUUUAGGUGGAAGAAGAUCUUUAUUAGAAUGUUGUUUAGAUAGUAAUCAUCCAUUUGUUAAAGAUCGAAUAUUUGCUGUUACACAUUUAGAUCAUUUAAAUGAACAUGAUCGAUUAAAACAAAUAAAAGAAUUUGAUCCAUGGAAUAAAAAUAUCGAUAUAUUUAUGGGUGAUAUGAAUUCAUUAACACAAGAUGAUUAUUCAAAUAAUUAUUUUGAAAAAAAUAUAUUUGAAUUACGAAAAAAAUCUGAUUGGGAAAAACCUUAUUUUGAUGUAACUCAAUUAAUAACAAAUCAAUGGUUAUAUAAAGAUGCUUUUAAACAAAUAAAUCCAAAUUUAAAAGAUAAACAACUAGCCACAUGUCGAUAUGGAACUCGUAUUGAUUAUAUUUAUUUACAUCCUCGUAUUUAUGAUUCAUGGAUUUUAAAAGAUUGUUCGAUUAUUGAUACUCAAAAUGCUACUGAUCAUAAUGCGGUUUUUGCAAUAUUCGAACAGAAACAAAACUUAUAA